GGAGCUGAAGCAGGAAGGAAGGAAGGCAGGCAGAGAGAGAAGGGAGGCAGGCUGUGAAUGCUAACAAGCCCCGUCGUAAUCAUAGAGCUCCGUAGGUAGUGUUUGAUAAAAACGUCUUGCAAUGGAGAGGAACGACGACCACUAUUGAACACCUACUAUGCGCCAGUGCCGCGUUCGCCUUGCGCGCGUGCAGCAGCCUCACAGUCGUCGGCACGUUUGAUCAGAAAAACCGUCUUUUUCCGCUGAGUGAAAUGUAUCGCGACUGCUCGGGCUUCACAUUCUGACAAUGGAGAUUGAAAAUAUCGUGGCCAACACGGUUCUCCUGAAGGCAAGGGAAGGUGGAGGAGGGAAGAGGAAUGGUCGCAGUAAGAAAUGGAAGGAGAUGCUAAAACUCCCCCACAUCAGCCAGUGUGAGGAGCUACGCCGCACUAUCGAGAGGGACUACACCAGUCUGUGUGAGAAGCAGCCCAUUGGUCGGCUGUUAUUCCGUCAGUACUGUGACACCAGGCCAGAGCUGAAGCGCUGCAUCGAGUUUAUGGAUACUGUGGCCAUGUACCAGCUCGCUCCUGACGAGAAGAGGAGAGACUACGGACUGAAUGUUUUAGACACAUACUUUAAUAAUGGGUCGGCAGCCCAUCUGCCAGCCGUACCCCCCGAUGUGGUCGCUGGGUGUCGGGAGAGGCUGGAGCAGAGUCCAUGUAAGGAUCUCUUUAAUGACUGCACCAAAAUAGUUCGUGAUUAUCUGAGUGGAGCUCCAUUUUCCUCCUACCACGAGUCCAUAUACUUCUCUCGCUUCCUGCAGUGGAAAUGGUUGGAGAGGCAACCAGUAACCAAAAAUACCUUCAGACAUUACAGAGUACUAGGAAAAGGUGGAUUUGGCGAGGUUUGUGCCUGCCAAGUACGUGCCACCGGUAAGAUGUACGCCUGUAAAAAGCUGGAAAAGAAACGAGUGAAGAAAAGAAAAGGUGAAGCAAUGGCACUAAACGAAAAACGCAUUUUAGAAAAAGUUAACAGUAGUUUUGUAGUUAGUCUAGCAUAUGCCUAUGAGACCAAGGAUGCGCUGUGCCUGGUGUUGACCAUAAUGAAUGGCGGUGACUUAAAGUUCCACAUCUACAACAUGGGCAACUCUGGCUUCGACGAGCAGAGGGCCAUCUUCUAUGCUGCUGAGAUCUGCUGUGGCCUUGAGGACCUGCACCGUGAGAGGAUAGUCUACAGGGAUUUGAAACCUGAAAACAUCCUUCUGGAUGAUCGUGGACACAUCCGAAUUUCAGACCUGGGCCUUGCUGUUCAAAUCCCUGAAGGGGAGACGAUACGAGGGAGAGUGGGCACUGUUGGAUACAUGGCUCCCGAGGUGAUCCAGAACGAGAGCUACACCGUCAGCCCGGACUGGUGGGGGCUGGGCUGCCUGAUCUUCGAGAUGAUACAGGGCCAGUCGCCCUUCCGCAAGCGCAAGGAGCGUGUCAAGCGGGAGGAGGUGGACAGACGAGUGCGCGAGGACCCAGAGGAGUACUCUGAUAAGUUCGCAGAGGAGGCGAAGGACAUCUGCAGACAGCUCCUGGCUAAGGACCCCAAGGAGCGACUGGGUUGUCAGGGUAGAGGGGCUAUAGAGGUCAAGCAGCACCCCAUCUUCAGAAACAUCAACUUCAAACGGCUGGAGGCCAACAUGCUGGACCCUCCCUUCAGCCCCGAUCCCCGGGCCGUGUACUGUAAAGACGUCCUGGACAUUGAGCAGUUCUCCACUGUCAAAGGCGUGAACCUUGACCCCACGGACGACGACUUUUACCACAAGUUUGUCACAGGCAGUGUCUCCAUCCCGUGGCAGAACGAGAUGAUUGAGAUGGAGUGCUUUAAAGAAAUCAACGUCUACGAGACUGACGGGACGCUGUGCUCCGAUCUGGAUGUGAACCGGCCUAAUCCUCCACCAAAGAGAGGCUUCUUCUACCGCCUGUUCAGAAGAGAGGCAAGUGCUAGUGCUCCGGCAACUGUUCGAGGGGGUGGGGGCUAAGGUCUGUUUUAAGAGCGGUUACAGUGACGACGAGAUCGAAGAGCCCUCGCGACUUUAAACCACUCCCUCCACCUGCCUCCUCUUCCCCCCCCUCCCCCUCGCCGCUGAACUUCACCACAAACUCCAAGCAAGCGCAAAUCUUAGGAACUCAGUGAAUGUUGACCUGUAUUUAUGAGCUGUAUUAAAAGUGUAUUAUAAUUAAAGAAAAAAGUAUGAGUUUAAAGAUUUUGUACAUUUGUACUUGAAUUUAUGUCUAGAUGUAUAUUUUCACUAAAGGUUGUAUUGUACAAAAAGCCAUAAAAGUACCACUUGAAUGCAUACAUUACAUUUUUAUUUCCUUUAUUUUAUUUUGGAAUGAGUAUGGACAAUUUGUUGUUUUUUUUUGUUUUUUUUAAGAAGCACAGUACCAGUAGUUUUUUUUUUUCUUCUUCUUUCUUUUUUUUCUCAAUGUAGCAUAAGGCCUUUUUGUUUUUACAUGUGCUGUAUGUUUGUCAUUGAUUUAGCCAACGUGACGUGUUGUUAGCAUAUCAGAUCCACCUGGUUCCCAAACUAACCCUUAGCCUCUGCAGGCUCAGGUAGAUCUGAAUGAUGUGCAUAGAUCCAAAUGGUAUUGGUGGAAAAUAAAUCCAGUCUAGCAUUGCUGUGUUGAUGCUAUGCUGCUAAAGCCUUCCCCAUAUGUUUCCAAGAUCUGCCACUUUGAUUUAAAUUAGUUUGAACGUGAUAAUCCACAUCUUUCCCUCAGCCCAGUUAGGCAGGUUGCACUGGACUGUAUGACGUGUAGUGAACUGUCUCCAAGGGGCCUUUACCAACUUAAUUCUAGUAGAGAUGGCAUGGAUCAGCAUGUGCAACAAUUAGUAUUUUAAGGAAAUAUUGCGGAGGCUUUUUGUUUUGGUAAUACAAGGCCUGAUCAUUAUCAUUCCUGGACCUCUCAAAAAUCUCAUGAGCUGCAAAAGGCUCAGAUCGUUAUUUUAGAUGCCAGACUGUUUCCUUCGGGAGAACAGCAUGUUAAGUAAAUGUCUGUUACAUUAUUCACUCAGGCAAAACAAUUUUUUGGUUGUUUAUCUUUAUUCCUCAAACUUGGUUUUCUGCUUCUUUUUGUGUAAUCUGUCACCCAUAAUUUUUUUGUGUACCAGAAAGCCUAGGACAGGUUGAGUUGGAACAUAGAGACUUAUGAUGAUGAUGAUGAUGAUGAUGAUGGCACUGUAUAAGAGAUCUGACCUGGGGCUGAAAACAAAUUGCCAUUGCAUUAAACAAGCUUACAAUGAUUCAGCUGUCAGCAUCCUCUGCGCUGACUUGAGAUACAGCCUGCUUUGGCCUCUGUGCCUGUUGAUCAUAGAUAGCACAAAGCCGGUCGGCCACAUGUCCUGCUAGUAGACCUCCAGUUAGACCCUGUGGCUUUAGCUGUGUUUGUACUAGAUGAAAAUAACCUUUCUUAAUCAUAAUAGCAGCUGCCUUUAACUAUUCCAUUGAAAUCUUGUAUGUUCUGUCAUAAGAAUGACUUGAGACCGUUGCUUGUAUGUGUGUAGACAGGGAGGAACAGGGGCAUAAUGGUUAUUAUUAUUAUUAUCCUGCCUGCAGAGUUACUAUCAUCCAGUGUACAAAAACACUCGCCACUUGCAGUUGUGCACUUUUGUUUCAUCAUAGAAAUGUUUCCAAAUUAACCGAUCCUGAACAAAUACAUUUUCUGUACAUUUCCCAGCAUGUUCCAAUCGUUUGUUUUCAUUGGCAUUUCAGAGGCUUUUGAAGCCAUAUUGCUUUUGAAUUUUGGUUUUUAGUCAGUUGCUGUUUACUCCCACCACCACCUGUUUUUAAUGCUGUGAAUACCCAAUCUGGACGUGACAAUACAAUAGCUAGAAAUCAUGUAAGGACUUGAAUGUCACUUAAUUGAUUUUCCAACCCUUCAAGACCGCUUACAUUUAAAAUGGUACGCGUGGAAUUCCCCAUCUCAUUUACUAAUUUGGAGACUUGGCCUGUUCUAUAAUAUUGUCGUCCCCUGUUGCACAUUCCAUUUAUCAAAAAUCAGGAUUCGAAUGUGUGCAUCUGUUGCCGGCUUGACGUCACCCGAGUGUCUGUUCGUUUUUUUGUUGCUCUUGGGCACAUUUUGAAGCAGAUUUCUCUUGCCUAUGUAGAUUUUAGCCUUUUAGCUCUUUAGCCUCAAAAAAACCUUGUAAAUGAUGUAUUUCUAACAUGUAACUAAGCUCUAACACACAUUCAUUCACUCUCACAGGGAAACUAAACUGUGUUUGCCACCCAUGCCUCUGCCAUUGAACUUUACUCUUAUACCAUCCAUACAGCAGUAAAGAUAUUCUGUUUAGUUUCAUUGCACUAUGGUGUGUUUUGACAAUGACUUUAGGAAGUGUCUUUAACUAUUUUUGCCAAUGAUACCAAAAGCAACAUUAAGUAAAUCAAACUUGUCUUGUGAUCGGAAACAUUUACUGAAGAAAGACUGACCGCCUUUAUUGUAUGUGCCAAUUACCAAGUUCAGUUCUGACACCCCGCCUUUUUUCCACCUCUUUAUCAUUCCGUCCAUUCUGAGAGAAAUUCCUUCACAUAAAGGAACUUUAAACAACUCAACAGUUUUGAAUGUCCGCACUAAGUGCAUUGUAAUGCCUGUUUAAAAAAAAAAAAAAAAAAUACAUAUGUUUUAUUACUCAAGCAUGUAUCGGUUUGUAAUACUUCAGGUUCCUUGUAUAUGUAAAUGAUGACCUUCUAGUGCCAACAUAUCUCACUGGUAUCUGAGGACAACUUUAUAAAUGGCAAGGUGACCAGCUGAGUUGGCCCUGUUUGAAUGCAUGACAUGCAUUCCUUCUCUCCUGCCUUCCUCCAAGGCGGUGAUGGUGAGUCUUCCCCCUUAAAACUGGGAUGGCGCUCACCAAUGAUGUUUAGAAGUGAGAGAUCCUCAGUUCCUUGAUGUCACUUGAGUCUAGUUUUGGGAUAAAUGCCUGGAGGUUUUCCAGGGUUUCAUACUCUUCUGUCCAGAUUAUAUAUCGGAUAAGUGAUAUUUUCAAAGAAGGGAGGAACAACAAAUGCAUUAUUGGUAUUCAAACGUGGCCUGGGACUUCUUGAUUUUUCUUCUUUUUUUUGUAUCUGUACAGUCAUGUCGUUCAACCACUGCAGUCAUUGUUAAUUCUUGUACAAGUUGUAUCACUGGUUGUUGUACCAUAUCUGACAUUUGUAAUUAUGAAAUAAUACACUGCCAUUUGUAUAAAAAUA